UGUUCCAACUGGUUUGUCCAAUUGAGUAUUUUCCCGCUAAAUUUGUGUUUAUACCGGUAUGUGGCUCUAACCAUCAUAUAAAAGGGUUUGCUAAUUCGGGGUGUUUCCACUCGUUUUGGUUUACCGCGUUUAUGUAUGAGGUUCAGAAUACACCUGUGAAUAGUGCAGAAUAAUUCACUGUGUUAAUUAUAUUUGUAAAGUUGAAAAACAUACAUUCAUUAGCACCAAAAUGCCGCUCGCCAAUAAAGAAAACAUCCCAAAUUCAAUCACAGAAAACGGGAAUAAAUAUAUCCUCACCAACAACAAAAGCAACAUUAUAAAGAACGAGCUAAACGAAAACGAAGGCCCCAGAAUCCAAGAUGGAGACAACAUGGAUUUUGACCCAGAAUUGGAACCCCUGCUGAGAGAGAACCCCCAACGUUUCGUUAUCUUCCCAAUUCAGUAUCCAGACAUCUGGGCCAAGUACAAACAAGCAGAAGCCUCAUUCUGGGCAACCGAGGAAGUGGACUUGUCCAAAGACUUAGAUGACUGGAAAAACAAACUCAAUGACGACGAACGUUAUUUCAUCUCUCACGUGCUGGCAUUCUUUGCAGCUUCAGAUGGUAUAGUUAAUGAAAACCUCGUGGAAAGAUUCAGUCAGGAAGUACAGGUAACUGAAGCCCGUUGCUUUUAUGGUUUUCAAAUUGCCAUAGAAAACAUCCACUCAGAAAUGUACAGUUUGCUGAUUGAGACUUACAUUUCUGAUCCUGAUGAAAAAGACUUCUUGUUUAAUGCAAUCAGAACCCUGCCUUGUGUCAAGAAGAAGGCUGAUUGGGCCCUUUCGUGGAUCAGUAGUCAAAAUGCUACUUUUGGGGAACGAGUGGUCGCUUUUGCUGCCGUCGAAGGAAUCUUCUUUUCAGGGAGCUUUGCAUCAAUUUUCUGGCUGAAGAAACGCGGAUUGAUGCCAGGGCUUACAUUUUCCAAUGAGUUAAUUUCAAGGGAUGAGGGUUUACAUUGUGACUUUGCUUGUUUGAUGUUUUCACAUUUGGUUCAGAAACCCUCAAAGGAACGCAUUAAGAGUAUUAUUCAGGAUUCUGUUAAAAUAGAGAAAGAAUUUUUAAGUGAGGCUUUACCUGUCAGUAUGAUUGGGAUGAAUUGUCAACUGAUGUGUCAGUACAUUGAGUUUGUUGCUGAUAGGUUGCUGGGUGAAUUGGGUUGUGAGAAAAUCUACAAUACCGCAAAUCCAUUUGAUUUUAUGACCAUGAUUUCAAUGGAGGGGAAGACAAACUUUUUUGAAAAGAAAGUUGGUGAAUACCAGAAGUGUGGGGUCACAGUUAGUGGGGCCGAAGAAUUUGACAGAAAUGUUGAUUUUUGAAGUAUUUAAUUCUCAGAUUGUAUUUUUAUAAUUUAGUUUUAUCUAGUAUUUACUUAAUUAUUUUAUUUAGAUUACGCAGGUUACACCAAAAAAUCGUAAAAUGCGCACCAAAGUGUAGUUUUUUUAAUAAUUAAAAAUUAUUUAAAUAUUUAAA